AUGAAAAUAAGAGACAAGAAGUCCCAUCAGCACAUCCUGCCCUUCCUGUUUGCCAUUUGGAGGGUCAACCAGAACUCCAGGCUUUUACCAAACAUCACCUUGGGUUACAACAUCUAUGAGAAUUAUUUCAAUGCCAGAAUGACAUCUGAUAUCUUAUUAGACCUGCUUUCUACUGGGCAGUCAAAUGUUCCAAACUACCAAUGUGGAAAACAGGAUAAUCUCUUGACUGUACUUGAAGGAGCUGACUCUCAGAACACUAUCCAAAUUUCAACCAUGUUGAACAUCUACAAAGUACCACAGCAUGGGCUGUCUGUGAAGAAAUGGAUGAUAUGCACAGAGAAUGAGAAGACCUUCUCUCGGGAUGUGGUUGGAGGAAAUGAUUUCCCGGACACCUACAGUUUUUACAACCUCAUUCAUGCUGUGGCACAGGCUUUAAAUGCCGCCCACUCAUCCAGAUCCAAAUGGAUUACAAUGAUGGCUAGAAACAUCUUGGACUUCCAAAAGGUUCAGCCCUGGCAGCUUUACCCUUUCCUAAGAAAGACCCUGCUUUACAACAGUUCCAUGGAUGGGGUGUACCUGGAUAAGAACGGGAACCUGGUGACAGCUAACUUUGACAUUGUGCAUUUGCUGACAUUACCCAAUCAGUCCCUUGCACUUAGGAAAAUUGGACGUGUACAGAGACAAACUUCUCAAGAAAUAAUGUUCACAAUAGACCAGGAGGCCACUGUAUGGUCCACAUGGCCUAACCAGGUUCCACCCCAUUCAAGAUGUUCUAAAAGUUGUCACUAUGGAUAUGUCAAGCUGAUUCAGGAGGGGAAGCCCUUCUGUUGCUACAGCUGUAUGGAGUGUUCACCAGGGACAGUUUCUACUCAGGAAGAUGGAGACUUUUGCACCAGAUGUCCAGAAGAUCAGCACCCUAACAAGGACCGGGAUCAAUGUGUCCCCAAAGUUAUAAUCUUCCUGUCAUAUGAAGAACCUUUGGGAAUCAUCUUGGCUUCGUCUUCCGUCUUCUUUUUCUUAAUUUCUGUUGUUGUGUUAGGAAUCUUCAUUAAAUUCCUAGAAACUCCCCUUGUCAAAGCCAACAAUAGGGACCUCUCAUACACACUCAUCAUCUCCCUCCUGCUUUCCUUCUUAUCCUCCUUCCUCUUCAUUGGCCAGCCAAGGAAAACCAUUUGCCUUCUCCAACAAACUGCCUUCACUCUUAUCUUUUCUGUUGCCAUCUCCUCUGUGCUUGCAAAAACAAUCACCGUAGUGAUGGCCUUUGUGGCCACGAAGCCAGGAGGAAAAAGGAGGAGUUGUUUGGGGAAAGGUCUAGCAAAGACUGUUGUCAUUUCUUGUUCCAGUGUUCAGAUUCUCAUCUGUGUAUUCUGGCUGUGGCUCUUUCCACCAUUCCCAGAUUCUGACAUGCACUCCCAGCCUGGACAGAUUUUGCAGCAAUGCAAUGAAGGGUCUGCAGCCAUGUUCUACACUGCCCUUGGCUACAUGGGAUUCUUGGCUGCCAUCUGUUUUGUGGUGGCUUUCCUGGCCAGAAAGCUGCCUGGGGCCUUCAAUGAAGCCAAGCUAAUCACCUUCAGCAUGCUGGUCUUCUGCAGUGUCUGGGUGACCUUUCUUCCCACCUACCUGAGCACCAAAGGGAAGUACAUGGUAGCCGUGCAGAUCUUCUCUAUCUUGACAUCAAGUGCUGGGCUACUUGGCUGCAUUUUCAUCCCCAAAUGCUACAUUAUUAUACUCAGACCUGAUCUGAAUACAAAGGUGCAUCUCAUGGUAAAAAACAAAGGAGGCAUUCCUGGUUCUAAGAACUAGGAAAGAGCAAGGAUGUCAUUUUAUGGAAUAGCUCCUGUUGGUUCCUCAAAAAACCUGGAACUUUUUCCCCUGUUGCUGGACUUGUAAAUAUGCAACAAGUACUGGAAAAGAGUAUAUGAUACAAUAUGCAACAUUUUAAACAUUAAAAUAUUGGAAUCUUAUCUGUUAGGCAUGUUUGAAGGAAAACUAGUGAAAGAUUUUGGUAAAAUAUUGUUUUAUUUGGUUACAACAGCAAGACUUGCAUAUGCACAAAAAUGGAAGUCAAAAUAUAUGCCAAAUGGUUACUGAAAUUAUAUGGCAGCAUAGAA